AGGACUCUUGUUGUCAUGGCGCUGUUUUAAACUGUUAGAAACUUUCUUCGUAAAUGAAUCUGCUUUUUAGCUUCACAUCUACCGGCCAGUAGGAACUAUCUGACUGGUAGGGCAGGGACACAUAAAACCUCUUGUUUUUAUUAAGCUAAAUGCGCGCUUGGCAUAGAUUUUCACGCUUGCAAUCGGUUUGUUUACCUAAUUAUCGUUAGCAUAGCAGAAUGUGUGUGGCUUAUUAUAUGGAGAAAACUAGAUAGCGUAGAUAACGUAACUUUAUUUUUGACAAAUGGAGACUGUAGGAUAGGUAGGCAACUAGCCCUCGUCAGCUGCGCUUGAUGCUUCGCAGGCUGAUUUGAAAGUGCAUAUGAAAAGCUAACGUUAGUAGAGAAGAAUGUAGUUAUCGAUGAUGAGAGACAGUCAGAAAGGAUCUCCUAUGCCGGCUGCUGAACUGAGUAAGUACGUGAACAGCGGUGACUGGGUUACCAAACACAGGGUGAGCCGGAGCUCUGGACCUCAAACACAGCUUUUGUUUAAUCUAGCCAUGCCAAGCAGUGUACUCAACCGGGCCACCCGAGUGGGACCUCCGGCUCCUAUUGUGAUCGAGAAGCUUGUACCUCAAAGAGAGAGGCAGGAUGAUGGAGAGAGCUGUAGCAGCUCCUUACGCCUUUCAGUACUCUCACAGGACAGACUGCAGGCUGCUGUGAGACUAGCUAAGAGAGACUUGCACAGAAAGCGGCAAGAGGCCAUAAAUAGUCAUUUAUCUGUGGAGAGGUCUCCAAGUCCAGAAAUCCAGAAUAACACAGCCAACUGGCUUGUGCUAAAUGACUCUUCUCCUAAAGGAAAGCAGAGGACAAGCAGUCCAAAGAGGCAGACAAAGUCCUGCUCACAGGUGCUUGUGUACACUCCUCAGAAGCUUUCUUUGACCACUGUGCCUGAAGGUCAGUCUCCUCCUACCAGGGAUCCUGGCUUAAAAGACAGCAGAGGUGUUCCACAGCUCAGCAGGGAGAUCCACAAGCUGCAGAAGGAGCUGGCCAUGUACAUCCAAAGGAUAGAGCAGUUGGCAAAUAAAGGGCAAAUGGAAGAAACUGUGGAGCCAGAUGAGAAACGGAGGAUGGAAAUCCGUCGGCAGGAGCAGGCUGCCCGUUCUGCACGGAUCAUCUAUGUGUUACAGCAGCAGGUGAAAGAAAUUCAGGAGGAUAUAGACAAGCUGCGUUCUCAGAGUACAAGGCACACCAAAAAGUCGAUGGCAGUGGAUCGGCUGGCAGCAGCUCAUCGAGGUGCUGUCCGAGCCAUGCAGGUGUUCAUCAACCAGCUGUCAGACCCUACAGAGAGCAGAUUGCCUGCCCAGUGCAAAGAGCUGGGUCAGCUCAUCCGGCAGCUCUCUCUCUGCUCUGCCAAGAUGGAGGUGGGCCAGGGCUCAGCUGUACCUGAGACCACUUUGGACAUCCUGCAGAAGUUAGAGAUCCUGGACACAGCUCUGAGUAAGCAAAAAGGUCCUGAGGAGAGGGGGCCACGAAUGCGGAGUACAUCCCCUGCCAGGCAGAGGUCGCUCAAAACCAGAGCUCAUAGCAUGUCCCCUCCUCGUGUUCCUCGGGCUCUGGCUGCAAAAGCUCAUCAAGGGUCAAGGAAGUCUGUACCUCCAAAGAAGACCUUAAACGCCAAAAGAGUGGCAGGGCGGCCCCAGAGAGCAGCCCAGUUCUUGGACCAGGAACGCAGUGAAGUUUUGAAGACUGGUAUCCAGAGCCUGAUGCAGCAAAGGGAACAAAGAGAACAGGAGAGUAAGAGCAAGCCUGAGCUACACAUCCCCAACGCAGCCACUGGUGUAUCCUAUCAAGACAAGAGCAAGCAGGGCACUCAUGUUCGAGAUGCUGGCUUCCAGCAGCCCACUGUUUCGUCCAGGCUUAGAGAAAGUCAAUUACCACAGAAAGAGGCUUCUGUUCCCUGGAUUCCCAGUUCUCCUCAUUCCCCUACUAAACAACGCAGAACUGUAUCCAGCAGGCCAGAGCCAAGGUGUCUCUUCUCUCCAGCAAAGAGCUCUUUAGAGCCCACAGCUGUGCAGCCCCAAAGCCAGGCGCAGGGUGUAGCUGCGAAAUCCAUGCGACAAGCCCACAAUGAGGCCCUCAGGCAAGCCUGGCUGGAUAGGAUAACAGAAGACAGACUGAGAGAGCUGAAUCAGCUCAGCAAACAGGAAACAGAGCGUAUUAACAGACUCAGGACAGAGGUGGAUUCUCCAACUGAGUGGGCUGAGAGAGCAGAGCAGGCAGCUAGAGAAAGACUUCAGCCUCUACUAGAUUCAGUGCAGCAGGUGGGUGAGGUACAGAACAAAAAGAGUUCAUCUUUUAAACAACAACUGUUGGAACAGGCUGCUGAUAAGAGUUCAGUGAAUGCGGAUCUCUUAAGUGAGGCCAUUCUGGAGGAUGUACUGGAGGGCACAGCUGCAGCAGUGUGGGCAUUGGAAAGGGAGCGGGGUGCUGAAGCCCAGGCAAACAGACUGUUGCAGGAGCCCACACUGGAGAGUAUGCUGCUACGCAUGGAGGAGAUGGAGAAAGACCAAGAGGAAGUGAGGCGACGUUUUGCCAUGAUCUCUUACUCUGACCCGCUGCUGUGGGAAAGGGACACUAGAACCCAAAGGAAGAGCAGUAGCUCUAGGCCAGCAUCCCCACAACCCAUCAGACUGACCAAACCAGCUCCGAGACCCUCAACUACAGGGGACAUCGUUCUGCAGACUCCAGUGGAGACUGGCAUAGUGUCAGAAAGCUCUUUGCUGGAUGAGGAAUCAUCUGCACCCCUACCCAGCCAACCGUUCCCAAGCCAUGUGGAAAAUAAAGGAGGGGUUCAGCUGACUUUGCCCUCAAGCAUGCUGAAGAACAUUCAGAAGUACCGAGAGGCCCAUGAUUCCUAUCUGCGCUUAGUGUCCCAUGAGGCAGUGGGCAGCUUCAACCCGUGGGCCGUUGCCGAAAGUCUGGCUGAGGAGCUGAUGGAAGAGGCCUUGACAGAUGUGGCAGCAGAGUUCCAGCACGUUUGUGAGGAGUACGCAGAGGCUAUCUUCACCUCAGAGUUUCUCCAGCCAGUGCAGUCCCCUUUUCUGUCAGUGUCAUAGCAGUGGGACCAAUAAGAACUCUCCAUCAUGGGUGCUAUUUCUGUUGAAUCUAAAUAUCAUGUCUGUAUUUCUUAGGCUUUUUAAGGGAAGAGGGCUGGAUGAUGUUUAAAAAUGCAGCAGUUUUAAAGUGAAAAAUGUUUUUUGCCUGGAUGUUUUUAGACUUGUGUGAAGGUUCUCACUGUUGUAGCUAUGGCCCCUGUGAGCUUUCUAGCAAAAAAGUGACAUUAAAUAGGAUUAUAUGAUUAUGUUCCCUUUCCCUUUCCAUAUAUAACUCAGCACAGACCAUUAAAUUUUUAGUCACGUGAACCAGUGACUACACUCAAGAACUGCGUUUUUAUUACUGUUGUUGGAAACCAAUUUACAUACAAAGGGGAAAGAAAAAAAAAAGAUGUUUCUCGUUAUCAUUAGAUGUGUGCGGUGGGCACUAGUGUGGUGUGACUGAGGUGCAGUAAUUAAGUGGCAAGUGAUAAGUGAUAGUGCAUAGAGGCCUAAGUGCUAAAUGAAUUCAUGUGUUAUGUCCUGAAGGGAAAGGACAGACAAAGAAGUGCAUGAGUCCAGAUGUUGAACUGGCCUACAGGGAAUAUGCUUGUGACAGAGGACACACAGUGACUGAGUAAAUUAGCCAUUGCUUACAUGGGCUUUGUGUGUAUGCGCAUGCAUGCAUUUCUUCACCACCAAAUAUAGAAAAAGGUUAUGCAAAUGUUGCUGUACUGGUGCCAUAUGGACAGCACUGUUAUUCUAAAGAAGUGCUUUAAUAUGCCCCUGACCAUCUGCAUCCUAACAGCCAUACAUUCGCAGCAUCAACUCGGGGAGAACCGUGCAUUCUUGGAAUUGCAUUAUGUGUGCUUGUGUUUGUGUUUUACUACUUGAUUAAAUAUUUUAUUGCAGCAAUAAUGUUUGAUGAUCAACUUAUUUAUGAAGGUUUCAGGUUAUUUAAAAGCUGGAAUAAUAGAUAUACAGGGUGUUUUCAUAAAAGAUUCAUCCAAUUUCAAAAUGAUUUAUUUCACUUCUAAAUCAUUGUAGAACAAUGCAGUAAAUUGUAAGUGGUUUAAGUGAGCAUAACGUUUAUUAUGUAAUUUUACAAGUGCUCAAUAUGACCUACUCCGGCUGUACGGACAACAUCAACGCCAUAGUCAAAUUCAUCCCAUACUCGAUUGAGCACGUCUGGUGUUGCUGCACUCAGGACUCAGAGAUGAUACAGUGGCAACGUUAACGUACUUCCAUAAAAAAAAGUUACAUGCUGUGAGAUGUGGUGAUGCUAGUGACCUUUUUCUUGGAACUGAAUUCUCUGAGCUCUUGGAGGUUCACUGCCAUACUGACAGUCAGAAACUUUGACCCCCUCUUUUAAUUGGUAUGUGUUUGGUUCCAUAGGCACCUCACAGUUGGAAAAAUAUGGCGCUUUGAAAUCGGAUGAAUCUUUUUGAAUCACCCUGUUCAUAUAUACUAGACAAACACCCUUUGUAUUUCAUUUCCGGUCAAAACAACUAUUGAGUGGAAGCUGUUUGUUUUUCAGGAGAUAUUUUAAAUGAUGUGUUUUAAUUACAUAAAAGGAGAUUAAUCAACUAAA